AUGCCGGCUCAGGCUGCCUGCUGUGUCUUUCUCUCUCUUGCCGGCAGGUCACUCACCCUGCCCAUGGCUUCCGAGGAGGCUGCUAACCCAGGAGCCCAGCCCGCAGUCCCCGCAGCCCCCGCCAUCCAGAAGAAGAGCUGGAAGAAAGGGAAGGAGAAGCCCGAGACCAGGGAAGAUGCUCAGGAGGGAGGGGAUGAGGGAACGGGGCAGGCAGCCGAGAUCAAGGGGCUCAUGCGAGCCAGGCGCCGGGCGCUGGUGCUGGGUGACGCACAGGAGGCGGUGGGGUGCUUCAGGAAGGCGCUUCUCCUCUCUAGGGGUACGGCGAGCCCCCAGCUCCGCAGGGCUUGUGCCUUCAACCUGGGGGUUGCCUGUGUGGAGACCGGGAAGCCCAAAAGGGGCCUUGAGUUCCUCCUUCAGUCCCAGCCCUCAGAGGGGGAAAGCAGGGAGCACUUGGGGGACCUUUAUUUCAAUAUUGGGGCGGCUCAUGAAGGGCUCUGGGACUUUCCAAAGGCUCUGGAGUAUUUUGACAAAGCCAUCAGCCAUGACCACGCGGUGCAGGCUGCCGCGGUGGCUCUGAGCAGGGCGAGCGGCUCCAUGCUGCUGAGCCAACGGUUCAGGGCGACGGAGAUCGUGGGCGUUCUCACCCAGUGCCACUCGCUCUGGAAACUCUACAAUGACAUCAGCCUUGGCUACUCCCAACUCCGCAUCUUCUCCCUGGCUGCCAAGAGCUUUGAGCGGGCCCUUGUCCUCUGUGGUGGCAAGCCGGACCGGUGCAGGGAGGCUGCGCUGCUGCAGAACCCGGGUGCUGCCCACAACGCCCUGUGCAGCUUUGGCACAAUGCUGGGCUGUCACCUGCGAGUGGCGGCACUGCACAGUGCUUUAGGGAACCGGAGGGCGCAGGGGCAGUGCUUUGGUAACCUGGCGUAUACCUGCAGCCGGCUCAGGAACCACGAGGCUGCCACAGAGAACUACCUGCACGCCUUGCAAGCCUUCCGGGACUCGGGGGAUAUGCAGGGGCAGUGGCAAGCAUGCGAGGGACUGGGAGUAGCCUGCUUCCACCUGGGAGACCCCCAGAAAGCCAUCGGGCACUGCAAGGAGGCCCUGACUUUGCUUUCCCACUGCCAGGACACCCCCAGAGCUGCCCACGAGCGGAUUGUGCACAAGCUCACCAAUGCCAUCCAGCACCAGCUCUGCCUCCAUGGCCGCCUCUCCUGUGGGGGUGGCUGGGUGCCCACCCCAGCCCCAGCAGAGGAGUCACCCUGA